AGUGUAAGAAAGUCAAUUACAGCGACUUAUUUAUUUCAAAUUAGUUUGCAAUAAUAAAGUAAAAUAAUGAAAAUAUCCCAACUACAAAGGUGCAUAAAAACAAGUUUACUUUGCUUUAGCGCCAGUAGGUCAGUGCAAAUUCGACAAAUAAGCUGCACCAAAAGCUUGCAAAGAUCACUGGAACCAGUGAGGGAGCAAAAUAAAGGUACCUCAACGCGCACGGAUGCUGCGGCACAUUUCGAGUUUCAUGGCCAGUGGCCAACAGCGGAACAACAGAGUUUUCUUAAAGAUAUGCGCUUGCAUACAAAUUUCAUAACGACCGAAGAGGAGGCUAAGUUGAUAGAGGAAAUUGAACCUUACAUGAAGCGGCUGCAUUAUGAAUAUGAUCAUUGGGAUGAUGCUAUACAUGGGUUCCGCGAAACAGAGCGCAAACAGUGGUAUCCGCAUAAUCGAGCGGUGCUUGAACGUGUGCGUCACAUAGCCUUCGAUGGUGAGAUUAUGCCGUAUGUGCAUAUAUUGGACUUAGCGGCAGCGGGCGUAAUCAAACCGCACGUGGAUAGUACAAGGUACUGCGGCAAUACAAUAGCCGGCAUCAGUUUGUUAAGCGACAGUGUUAUGCGUUUGGUGCGCGUCGACGAACGUAAAUAUCAACAAGGUAAGGCCGUGGCGGCGGCGUCUACAGAAACGGUAAGCAAUGGCAGUGGUGACAGUAAACCGGACGUUGCCGCUACUCAAAAUGCGCCAACUCUUCAAGAUGAUGCCUAUCGCAAUCGGCCGGUUACCUCGUUAGAGAAUAAUUUUUAUGUCGAUGUGCUGCUGCGUCGUUAUUCGUUGUACAUAAUGAGCCACUCUUCACGUUACAAUUUCACACAUGAGAUACUCGCCAACGAUGUGUCACACUUUCAGGGGCAGCAUAUUAAAAAAGAUCGACGCAUAUCGAUUAUUUGUCGAAAUGAUCCAUGAAAGUUAGCUGUUGUCAUAUUUUUUUGGCAACAAUAAGUUGUAUAUUUUGGAAGAACUUGGGGGCGCGUAUGCGUGCUUGAGAAGGGCUGCUGAGCCCACUCAGUGGCGGCUUGUUGUGAAUAUCUGUAUAAUAUUUUUCAAUUAGAUUUUAUAGAAAGUUUACAGCAACACUAUUGGUGGUGAAUAAAAUGCAGACUUGACUGCGUUUAAUUUUACUAUA